AUGUCGUAUGGAUACUGGAGUUUCACUACCGCUCCCACAGAAGAGACCACCUCUUCCGGGACGACCACGGAAGGAUCGUGGAAUUACUGGCAACAAACCACAACCACCACUUGCGCUUCCGGGAAUAGUUACACUACUCAACACUCGACUGAGGACCCCACUCCCGAGCCGACUAUGUCUCGUACAAUGUACUGGGCUCUCCAAACUCCAGCAGAAGAGGAAGAAGAGCCUACUCCCCCUUCUCGAAUCCACUAUCAAUAUACCGCGCCUAUAUGCUAUUCCGGUCCACCACCCGCUACGAUUGUGAUACAGGCAACGGAGAAGACGAGCAAGGUAAUUGCUAAUGUGAAAUCUUUCCUCACUCCCACUCCCAAAACCCAAUUCAAAUCAGCAUGCUGUGGAGCUCGAAGGCCCAAAGAUCAGAUUUUGGAUCAUUGUGGUAAAUGCGGGAAGAUUACUCCAUGGGUUUGGUGA